AUAUGUGUGUAUUUUAGUUUUCCUGUUUAUUAACACGUAACUUUUGCACAGCACAGGAUUACCGUGUUAGCUUUACUGUUUGUAUUGGUCCAUUUUCAUUUUUUUUAUAAAAUGCCGGAGGCAGGCUAACUUUAUAAAGAGGAUUAUUGCAGUCUUGGAGACAGAACAUGGUGUAGGCUCUGGUGAGGGGGCUUCUUUCUGUGUCACCUCCUAGGAGUUAGCAGUGGUGAGGUGCUCAUUAUCAGAUCAAACAAGACAUUAGAAGUGGAGGGCUGGGCUUGGGAUCCUGUAAUGCUACCAGCAAGAGCUAAUCAGGGUCCCAGGGAAAUACAUACCUCAGUCCCUCUGAAGGCUGGACCCUCCCUUGCAAUUAUCCUCAAGGCCACACCUCUUAAAGGUCCACACUGUCUCCCGCGACUGCCACCUUGGGGAGCCAAGCCUCCCACAUGCUAUGGUCCUCAAAGGUUCAAUUCUAGGACCACAAAGAAAGACAAGAGAGUGACAGAGAUAACAAGAGAGAGAAGAAAACUAGGGGGUCCUCAUCUGAAGGAGUGGCUGAGGGAGCAGUUUUGUGACCACCCAUUGGAGCACUGUGAGGACACGCGACUCCAUGAUGCAGCCUAUGUGGGGGACCUGCAGACGCUUAGGAGUCUGUUGCAGGAGGAGAGCUACCAGAGCCGCAUCAAUGAGAAGUCCGUCUGGUGCUGUGGCUGGCUGCCCUGCACGCCGCUGCGCAUUGCAGCCACUGCGGGCCAUGGCAACUGUGUAGACUUCCUCAUCCGGAAGGGCGCUGAGGUGGACCUGGUGGAUGUGAAGGGGCAGACUGCCCUGUAUGUGGCUGUAGUGAACGGGCACCUGGAGAGCACCCAGAUCCUCCUGGAGGCUGGUGCUGACCCCAACGGGAGCCGGCACCACCGCAGCACACCCGUGUACCAUGCCUCGCGGGUGGGCAGGGCCGACAUCCUGCAGGCCCUCAUCAGGUAUGGGGCUGAUGUGGACGUUAACCACCACCUGACUCCUGACAUCAGGCCCCCUUUCUCACGACGUCUCACCUCCUUGGUGGUCUGUCCCCUGUACAUCAGUGCGGCCUACCACAACCUGCAGUGCUUCCGGCUGCUCCUACAGGCUGGGGCGAACCCUGACUUCAACUGCAAUGGCCCUGUCAACACACAGGAGUUCUACAGGGGCUCCCCUGGCUGUGUCAUGGAUGCUGUGCUGCGUCACGGCUGUGAGGCGGCCUUCGUGAGCCUGCUCGUGGAGUUUGGAGCCAACCUGAACCUGGUGAAGUGGGAAUUGUUGAGCACAGAGUUGAGAGGCAGAAGGAAGGUGGACCCCGAGGCCUUGGAGGUCUUCAAAGAGGCCAGAAGUGUUCCCAGGACCUUGCUACAUAUGUGCCGUGUGGCUGUGAGAAGUGCGCUUGGCAAACGCCGACUUCGUCUGAUCCCCUCGCUGCCUCUGCCGGACCCCAUUAAAAAGUUUCUACUUUAUGAGUAGAAUUAGGUACAGCAGCAGAUUGAGGUGAGGAAGAAGGUGACCACAACAAAUGCUGGCGCCCCUGCUUGCAUCCUGUGCACCGUGUCCUGCCGCUGCUGCCUGACUGUUGGCUGCUGAAGAGGAAAGGGCUUUUUCCCGUGGACUGGAAUUCCUCCUCAGGUGCUUGGGCCAGUGCACAGCUCUUGGGUCGCUGUCGCUGAGAGACUCACACAGAACUUGAUUUCAUUUUUCCUGAGUAUCUGUGUUGGGGAUUUUGGCCGUUGCUUAUUAUUGAAGUGGACCUUGACAUGCAUGCAAGUGUUUACCAGGCUGGAGGGCUGCUGAUGUCCCCAGUAGGGAAGACUCCUAGCACUUUCUAGAAUUGUGCUUUUAUUUAUUUUUCUACUUUGCAAUUUAAUUGUUCUAUUAAACCUGAUACUUAAAUGAAGAAGGAGUUUUGGUUACGGACAAAAAGGAGGGACUAGCAGUGCAGUUCCUGAGCUGGCUAGUUUUUCCCAUUACUGGGUUUAAGCAGCGUGUCCAGUACACACUUGCGCAUGUGCACACAAACACAUGCACACCUGUACCCCUUCCUGCUGUUCGGCCUUCUUUGGGGGCCCUGUCUUCCAUCCAGGGUGGUUUUCUGGCUGCAUAGACUGUUGGUGAUGCCUCAGUUUGUGGAGGUCACAAGCAGAGAGCUCUGCAGUGCAACACCUGUCUGUGUACUCCUGCGCCUUGUGUCACACCAGCAGGUGUUGUGAGUUCCCUACCACUUACUUCAGGGAGCUCCAGAUGCGGGUGGGUUGAGGAGACCCACACAGAGCUGGCCAGUACGUGACUGCCUCCAGGCUCAGACCGGUCCACAGCCUUCACUGCCAGUGUGGCUGGACUAGAGGACAGUGAGGUGCUGUCUUCUAUCCGUCCCUUACUCUAAAACAGGAGCUCAGUUGGCCCUUGGGGAUUGGGGUGCUGGUGCCUGUAAUUGCUUGGUGUCCAGUGGAUGAGGCAGCUGCGAUUGGUUGACUUCACUGUCAGGAUCUGAGUGUCUCAGUAGCUGCCCCUGGCAUUGGUGAGAGGAGUGAAGUCAGGGUUUUCCCUGGGGUGUGGGGAAAGAGGCAAGCUGUCAUCACAGGCCAGGGCUGUGUGGCCAGCUUUGAGGUCAUCAGCAGUGCCCGCCCUCAGUGCCUGCUCAGGCUGCGUUGUGGCUGAAGUCUCAGGGCUGUGGAUUUGUGGUGAUUUUGAACUUCAGGUGUGCUUUAGAAUCAGAUUCAAAGCUAGGUUUAGACUGUCUUUGCCAUUAGAGAAACAUAAUUUGUAGAAAUUACACAGAUACUCUUAUCCAUUAAGAAUUCUUUUGUAUGGCUGCCAGCCAGGCAGUGCUUGGCCUUCAAGUGUCCUGCAGUGCUGCCCUGGGACACUGAGCUCACACCUGCCUCUGUAGGUGCUGUGCACGGACGGCUGUGAGGGUGGCAAUUCAGAAGGGUGGGUAAUUCAGUGGGGUGUUGUUCAAUGACGAGUGGGGCUGGUGGGCUUGGGGUCGCUGCUGAGCUCCUGAGAUCAGGAGAACUUCAUGGGAGAGAGGACAGUGGCUGCAAGAUGAGGGCACUGUGGCCAGGAGAGGGGUGUGGCAUGUUCCUUGUGCUUGGAGAAGGCCGAGAACCAGACUUGGACUCUGGGUGGGCCAGCAGCUCUGAGGAGUUAGGGAAGGAUUCUCAGGAGGGCUGAGCCACCUAUGGGGCCCCAACCACGCUGGGGGCCCUCAUCACCCGAGAGGAUUCUCCUGUUUCACAAUAUAGACUCUGUAUUGUGGGGGACUCUGGGCAGCUUUCUUCACACUGCCCACUGAAUGGGCUUCCUCCAGGUGAGCUGCAUAGUGGGAUAUGCACUCUGCCUUCCCGGGCCUUCUGCAGGGCCUGCCCAGGCGGGAUGGCUUGAUCUGGGCUUGCUGCACAGCCUGCACCUGGUGGGCUCCCUGCACGGACCAGGAAGCUGAGGGUGGCGCUGUACCCCCUUGUGCCCGCUGGGCUGGCUCUGAGGUCUCAGGCCACUUCCACAGUACAGAGAGGAAUGGCCUGGCUCUGUCCACAUUUCUGGGCCGUACCCAGGCCUGUUUGGGGAGAGGAUGCAUCUGAGAGGGAAUGCACCAGGCUGGAGGCUGGAAGCUGUCCGCUGGCAUGUGCCUCUGCAGGUCUGCUGGACAUGUUCAUUGCCUCUUUGCUCAGAUUUUAGAAUCCCAGUAACUUUGCUGUUCAGACUCCUGUUUUAAGCUUAACAGCUGGCAGCUCUGAAUCAGUUUUAGUGGCAGAGAUUCUGCCUUCUCCUAGUGCUACUCUUUUUACUAAGCCUUCUUUGUUUCCAUUUGUUAAAGACAUUGCAGGACUGGAAGUAAGUCUGUCUGUGGGGGCGUUUAUGAAAACAGGCUGCAAGCCCUGUGUACCUGUGGCCCACAGAGCGAGGAAGUCUGGUGCCUGCUGUGGCUGCUGCCUCCAGGUGGCCUUGAGGCUGGACCUUCUUGGGUGUCUGUGUGUUGUCACUCCCAGGGAAGCUGCUGCCCACUGAGCAGUCCUGUGGCCGGGUCUUGGCUGCUGUGAACAGAGGCGCCAGGCAGGCCGAGUGGGUGGCAGUGAUCCUUGGGGAUUGAGCUUUGGAGUCCUGGGUGAGGGCUUUUAGAUGGCUUUCCAGAAACCCAUUGGGACCAGACAUACUGAGUUUUCAUUUCAAUUAUGUUAUUUAUUUCUUCGCUCAUGUUAUUUAUGUAGUUACUUAUAUUCUGCCUUGCUUUUUGGUGUUUUGAAUUUAGGUAAGUUGAACCAAGAUGUGUUUGCUUAUUAAGAUGGUAGCUCGCCGCUCUUCAGUGGCAGCUGUGUCUCUCUUACCAGGUUUUAGUGCCAUCGCUGUGUUUCCUUUCUCUUCUUAAAUGACUUUUUCUUCACAUGAAAGUUCACGGAACAAAGUGCAGCAUCCAGCCAGCACGGGCCAGGAAGAGGGCAGGUGUGGAGAGCACCUCAGGCUGUGAGGUGCUGGGAGGGCUGGGAGGGGACCAUGGCCUCGUGGGUGGCUGUAGUCAUCGUGGCCCACGUGUGUGGCAGGUGCAGUGGAGGUCAGCGUGGCAAAUGUUUCCUGCAGUCAGAGUUACUCAGCAAGUAACCACAAGCAAGAAGGCAUGGCUGCCCACUGCCUGCUGUCUGCUGUCUACUGUUAUGGAUCCUGACCUCUUCUCUUUCUCAGUCCUUGGCCUCCUACCCUGUUCUCAGCCACUGCAGGCCCAGGGAUCCACAUGGUCCUCCCCAGCUUGCCAGCUGCCUGCCUCUUACUAUAGUUCACUUUUCUUUUUUGUCUUCCCUUAUGCCAUGUGGAAGCAGUGCAGGUGCUUUGGGUCCCUGGGAAGGCUGCCCUCCUGUUUUCUUGGCUUGUGCACCAUGUGGAAGUGGUUUGUGAGGUUGGUCUGGUGGAGAGCGGUGGUGCUGCCAGCGUCCUUCACCCCGGCUCAGCACCAUGUCCUGGCAGAAUUGCUGUACAUUCCUCCUCAUGUGACUCUGUGGGCCUCAGCAGUGCUGUUACUGAUACUUUCACAGGCACUGAUUUUACUUCUCGUGUGGUACAAAAGUGGCCACUUUUAGAUGGCCAUUGACAGGGGUGGCGCAGUGCAGUUGCUUUGGGAGGUGCCAGUGCUGCUCCCUGGGCAGGGUACGGCAGCAUUUCCACUUCCUGUAGCACAGGAACAGCUCUGAGGACUGGUGCAGACAGCCCUGCCUGGGCCCGCUGACCGGCCUCUUCAUCACAGGAGAGGCAGCUGAUGAGGUCUGUGCUCUCUCAUGGGCCCGUGGAACCUACGUGGGCCUGGGAUGGCUGGCUGAACUGGGACUGCAAGCACCUGCUGCCCCACUUGGCCUUCCCACCCUUUGCCACUCAGCCCCCAGACUGGCUUCUUGGUCUGGCUGUCCACCAGUACACACUGACCCCUGGCAGUAUCUCUGCUGACCAUGGCACUCCCCAUCCAGCCCUCACUCAUCCUCCGAGUCUCACUCCCUGCCUAUGCAGUGAAGCAACUGAUAGGCAUGUAUAAAGGCAGUGGGCCCCAUGUGCAUCCCAGGACAGUCCCACCGAAGGAGUGGAGCCUUGGGGUGCCCGGGCUGAUGACUGGAUGAGGGCUGAGGGAGGGAGGUGGGGACUUCUGUUGCCUUAAUGUGGGUCACCCCAUGUCCAGAUGCACAGGUUUCCGUUUUUCCUAAAUUGUUUGAUUUCAAGGUCUCUUAGACAACACCCUGUAACGUAUACUUGUGCAUAAACUAUGUAAGCGUGACGCUUAUGAACUCAGCUCUUGUGUGUGGGGGUCAGCUCACUGCUGUCCUUUUGCCAGUGGUUCCCAGCUGUGCCUGCUGUGGCUGCCCAGUUUCAUGAUUCUGCUGGGUAUUGCUUGUGCAAGGCGAAUGUAUACUGGGGCCUGCAUGGCUGGGGGCACAUUGCAGGGGGUGCUGCCACAAGACAGACCCUGUUUCCCCUUGCUGAGGUGAGGAGCGCGUUUCCCUGCCAGGCUGUGAGCAGCACUGUUUCUGCCCUCUGCCUAAUAAGGAGCUCUCUAAAGUGUGAUGGAUAUUUUUGGUCUGUUGUUACAACUUUAAUAAAUGCUUUUGUUCUCUC